AUGGAUACCACAAUCCAGCGGUUAUUGAAUGACAAGCUCUACGACAGGAGGAAGCAGGGAGCCUUGGAGCUCGAAAAAAUUGUCCGUGACGCUGUUUUCCAAGGAGACCAGGAUAAAAUACAAAAGAUCGUUGAACAGCUCUGCCACGACUAUGCAUACGCCGUGCACCAACCCCACGCCCGGAAUGGAGGUCUGAUCGGGUUGGCUGCUGCCUCGAUUGCGCUGGGAUCGGAAGGAGUUGCGCCGUACUUGGGUGAAAUUGUCCCGCCUGUGCUCGCAUGCUUCUCCGACCAAGAUGCACGAGUGCGGUACUACGCAUGUGAGAGUAUGUACAAUAUAGCCAAAGUGGCCAAGGGGGAGAUAUUGCUGUUCUUCAACGAGGUUUUCGAUGCGUUAGCUAAGCUUGCGUCCGAUUCGGAGCUAUCAGUCAAGAACGGCGCAGAGCUUCUGGAUCGCUUGGUGAAAGAUAUUGUAGCUGAAUCGGCGGCAUCGUAUGUCUCGAUCCUACAGCUCUCUGAGAAGGAACCCCCAGAAUUAGAGAAUCAGGAAGACCAAGAUCUUCCUAUGGCCUUCUCUCUUGCUCGAUUCAUUCCUCUGCUUAAAGAUCGGAUUCAUGUGAUCCAACCGUUCACCCGCAACUUUCUGGUCUCAUGGCUUACUCUUCUAGAUACAAUCCCUGACCUAGAGCUCGUGAGCUAUUUGCCAGAGUUCCUAGAGGGAUUGAUCAAGUUCCUUGGCGGACCCAGCAAAGACGUUAACGUUGCAACACAGGGUUUGCUUGAUCGGUUCUUGUCGGAGAUUAAGCGGAUUACCCGACUUAAAAAGGGGAUUGAAGAAAGCCGAAAGGGUCAGAAAAGCAACAGAUACUCAGUCAUGAGCGACGCGACGAGCAAUAUGACGGAGCAAAAUGCCCAGGCUGAUGGUGCCAAUGAGGACAGGGAGGAAAUUGCCAUCGCAGACUCGGCCUCAGACGCGACCCUUGAUGAUGAAAUCAACCAGGCCGAUGGAGAUUGGAUUCCAGGACAAGAUGUACAAAUCGACCACCCCAAGAUCCUCGAUAUUCUUGUCAGCUUUGUCAACACCUCCUAUGAGGAGGAAAUGCAACUGACGGCCCUUCGGUGGCUUGAUUCCUUUUUCGAGAUCAGCCCUGAAGAUAUUCUUCCUUUCGUUCCUCGGCUGUUAACUCAGGUACUCCCAGCGAUGUCCAGUGGCUCAGAUCAAGUACGAAAAGCAGCAAACCAGGUCAACACGUCCCUUGUCCAAUACAUCUACUCCUUGUCAGAUGAUACUACCGAGGAAUGUCAUGUGCCAUCAUCAAAGAUCCCUACCACUACGGCCAGCAGAGAAACCUUAGAGCGAAGAUCAUCAACUCCCGGAGUCAGGCCUUCGGAGACAGCAAGCCUGGACACAAAAAAACAAUCAACACAAGAUAAUUCUAUUGCGGCUACAUCACGUAGUAGUGUUGUUUCCACGCCACAGCCUCCUGCUGACCUUGAUUACGCUGCUGCUGUCAACUCCCUCACUCUCCAAUUCCUCAAUGAGAAUGAAGCUACUAGAGUCGCAGCCCUUGUAUGGCUCAUCAUGCUCCACCGUAAAGCCCCGCGGAAGGUUGUCGCUUUCAACGACGGUACUUUCCCAGCUUUGCUCAAAACGCUAUCCGACCCUUCAGAGGCGGUUGUAACCAAAGACCUGCAACUCCUGUCACAGAUCUCAAGAAACAGCGAGGACAGCUAUUUUACUUCUUUCAUGGUCAAUUUGUUACAGCUCUACUCUACAGACAGACAUUUACUCGAAGUGCGCGGGAAUCUGAUCAUCCGGCAGCUUUCCCUGAACCUAAGCCCAGAACGUAUCUACCGGACUUUGGCAGAUUGCCUCGAGAAGGAAGAGGAUCUCGAGUUUGCCAGUAUUAUGGUCCAGAACUUGAACAACAACCUCAUCACUGCGCCCGAACUCUCAGAAUUGAGAAAGCGGCUGAGAAAUCUCGAUUCGAAAGAUGGUCAAAUGUUCUUUGUUGGACUCUUCAGAUCGUGGUGCCACAACGCUGUCUCCACGUUUUCUCUCUGUCUUCUUGCCCAGGCCUAUGAGCAGGCAUACAAUCUCCUCCAGAUCUUUGCCGAAUUGGAAAUGACAGUUAAUAUGCUAAUUCAAAUUGACAAGCUGGUGCAACUACUAGAGUCGCCAGUCUUCACAUAUCUCCGCCUUCAACUCCUCGAACCUGAAAAAUACCCCUUCCUCUACAAAUGUCUCUACGGCGUCCUCAUGCUCCUCCCCCAGAGCUCCGCCUUCGCCGCCCUCAAAAACCGUCUGAACAGCGUCAGCAACAUUGGUUUCCUCCACGGCGGACCGCGCAGGUAUGGCCCCUGCCCCCCGCAUUCUACCCCAAGGUAUACUGAGACGAACUACCCUAGCACCACCCAAGUGGCCCCACCAUUCGACCGUUCCACAGGCACCCGCCUGAAACCCCGCGACGAGAACUCCAUCCGCUGGGUGGACCUCCUCGACAAAUUCAAGGCCGUCCAGGAACGGGCCCGUCGCGCCCAGGGUGGCUCUGCCCGCCACUCCUUCGACCAGUCUGGUCCACUGAUGAAUCCCUCCCUUACAGCUGCUCUGUCUGUCGCUGCUGCGGAUCGUCCCAAGGACCGAUCGGGUCUGCCCGAUACUCCGCGCAGUGCCCCGGGGCCUAGUAAUGCUCCUGCUGGAGGUUCGGGUAUCGGUGGUGCGGGUGGCACUGCCGGGCGGGCGUUGGACACAAGUACGGCGAAGGCUGGGCCUUCUCAUAAACACAAGUCGAGUCUUCCUAAUUUGGGUCGGCUGACUAUUGGAGGUCGGAAGUCCAAGAAAUAG